AUGUCUAUAUCUAAUUACAAUAUAAAUGAUAAAGAAAAUAAGGUAUCACAAUUAUGUGAUGCAGACAAGAAGCAAAAAGUGGCUGAAGAGGCUUAUGAGAUGUAUUUAGCAUAUGAUCAAAUAAGAAAAAUAAUAAGCGGCGUAAAGUAG